AUGAACAAGAAUGAUGGAUUUGAAUUAUUGAAAACAAAAGUUCUUAAAGCUUUUCACUUUUGUUUCCUUGCAGGAGCCAGAUAUAGCAAGCUGCUUAACAUUUCUGUUUCGUCACGUAGUGCUGGUGGAGGUGUGCCUCUCGAGCCCCGGUACAGACAGUUUCCCCAGCUGACCAGAUCCCAGGUGAUCAAGGCAGAGUUCUUCAGUGCAACCAUGUGGUUCUGGAUUCUCUGGCGCUUCUGGCAUGACUCAGAUGCCGUGCUGGGUCACUUUCCAUAUCCAGAUCCUUCCCAGUGGACGGAUGAAGAAUUAGGUAUCCUUCCUGAUGAUGAAGACUGAAAAUGUAGACUCAACUCUUUCCAGGAGCCAGGUGAGAAUUUCAAGAAGUUACAGACAUCAUAUUGUAUAUUAAGUUGUAAAUUAAAGUUUUGGUCAAGAAUGAGGAACUGAGUUAUGGAUAUCUCUGAU